GUCUGCAGAGAAUUCUUUCAAGCAUUAGAGGCCUGUCACCAGAAUGGAUGGGCGAAAUGGACAGGGGGCUGCAACGGUGUCAAGCACGAGUUGAACAUGUGUCUUCGCAAAGAGCGUACCGACCGGGCAUCAAAGAACCGUGAGGAAGCCAAGGCUCGCCGCCAGAAGACCGAACAAGCCUGGAAAGAGUUACAUGAG